AUGAGAUCUGCUGUCGCUCAAUUGCGCACAGUAAGAAGUCUCUCCCUUUGCCACAAGAGGACUGUCUUCCGGUACAACAAUUUGAGGCGCUGUCCCAGCUCACGCGGGUUUCGUUCCUCUACGCAUACAGCGUCCGAUGUUCUUGAUCCACGUUUGGAAGACCUGGGCAAAGUCAUCAGAGAUGAGUAUGCUGCUAUCAGAGAUCAAUAUGAUGCCCCGAAGCACCCUGUCGUGCUUGCGCAUGGGCUUCUCGGCUUUGACACGCUUCGCCUUGCCGGCCCUUAUCUCCCCGGUGUUCAAUACUGGCGUGGGAUCGAGGAUGCACUAUCGAUGAAGGGGGUACAGGUCAUCACUGCAACAGUACCUCCAUCGGCGUCCAUUGAAAUGCGCGCCGAAGAAUUGGCAAAAGACAUCGUCGCCGGAGCACGUGGCAAGGAAGUGAAUAUCAUCGCAGGCCUUGAUUCACGAUAUAUGAUUACACAUCUCAGACCAACGGAUUUCAAAGUCAAAUCCUUGACCACUAUAGCCACGCCCCAUAGAGGCUCUGCAGUCGCAGACUAUGUGCUCAAGCAGAUUGGCGAUGACCGCUUGGCUCAGUUGUACUAUGCGCUUGAGAGACUAGGAAUAGAUACAGGGGCAUUCGCUCAACUGACCCGCGACUACAUGCAAAACACCUUCAAUCCUACUACUCCAGAUGUGGAGGAUGUUCGGUAUUUCUCCUAUGGAGCAUCGAUGCAGCCAAGCUUCUGGUCUGUCUUCCGCCUAUCGCAUCGCCUCUUACAGCAGGUCGAAGGGUACAAUGACGGACUUGUCAGCGUUGCGAGCAGCAAGUGGGGAGGAGAAGGGGGCUACAAGGGCACCCUCGAAGGGGUGAGCCACCUGGACCUGAUAAACUGGACCAACCGAUUAAAAUGGCUGGCCGGUGAAAUAACGGGCAACAGGUUAAGAUUCAACGCAAUUGCGUUUUACCUUGAUAUUGCAGACAUGCUUGCGAAGGAGGGUCUCUGA